CUUUACUGUUCUGUAAAACAAACAGUGAAUGUUUGUUAGGUAACUGAAUAUCUGAUUUGUUGUACCUCUUGCCCUCAUAAUUCCGCGAUGGCAAAGCCCGCCAGCCUUCCCAGCUAGCACGCUAAAUCAUAAUUAAGUUCCCCAAUCAUUUGAGCCACAGCGCAUUUUUAUUAAAUUAGUUGUAGCUGGGUAGUUAUUGAAACAAAUACCUAAAGGUUCGCAUUUGCUAGAUAUUAGUUUCCAAUUAACAUUAAGGGUGGGUUCGUAAAUUAACUCUGGCUAUAAAGUGCCAUAGCACAGAAUAAUUGAUGAAUUUAUGAACGGCCAGAGCGCACUCCAGAUUGAAUUUACGAACACACUGGACUGUGUGUGGACCUAAAUUCGUCGUUCAAUCACCCACGUGGGUAUGUGAUCCUUAACACCAAUGAGGAGAUGGGAGAGGCGGGACUUGCAACGCUUUAAGCGUCACAAUAGAACCAGGUUCUGUUUUAGCGCCUGGCUACACAGAUGCGCGUGAGCAGUGUAGGUGCAAUCAACAAGGCAGGUUUUGUCGCACCUGGACUAUUGUUCAGUCAUGUUAUCAGGUGCCACAAAAAGAGACUAAGGACAAUUGCAUUUGCCUCAGAACAGUUGGAUGUACACAGAGCUACUUUUAAUGUCAAUCUCUCCUGGCUCAAAGUGGAGGAGGUUGAAUGCACAGAGCUGUCUGUUUGAACUACUGGCGUACAGCUCUGACACCCAUGCUACAAUAGGUCUUUUCACAGUCUGCAAGUCCAGAACAGAACUAUGGGAGGUGCACAGUACUACACAGAUCCAUGACGACAUGGAAUUCUAUCCCACAUCAAGUGUCAAAAUGGAGUUCGGUAACGUUAUGUUGGAUAUAGAGCAGGUUGUUGUGGGGGAAGAGGUGAUGACCAGUACCACAGCAUCCAUCAUCAAACCACAGACUGUCCCUGCUCUCCAACCCUAUCAGCAUGACAGCGUACAGUGUUUUCAGUGCUUCAUUACAUUCUGUGAUGCCAAGUCCAAGGAGAGACACAUGAGGAAGAGCCAUCGUGAGGAAUACAAGCAGUCGCUCCAGCAGACAGAUACGCUGUUCACCUGUUAUGUGUGCGAUCGUACCUUCUCCUCCUCUGAGGAGCUGACGCAGCACCAGGCCUCACACAGCCUGGAAGACAAGGCCUUCCGCUGCACCCACUGCCAGGGAAGCUUCCGGACUUUCUCUGAGUUGACAGUCCACCGGCGACAGCUGUGCAAGGAGCGUCGGUGUGCCUGCAAGAACUGUGGCAUGGUAUUGCGGGGCCCAAACCAGUUACACACCCACUGCCUCACCCAGCACCCCCAGCUGAUGGAAGAGGAGGAUGAUGACACCAAGACUCAUCGUUGUGGCAAGUGCGGCCGCAAGUUUGAGAUGGAGGUGGAGCUUGUGCUGCACCAGGAGAACUUUGUGGGUCAUUGGCAUUGCGACGCAAAAGUCCCAGCCAAAACACGCGGAAGCCCUCCCAAGAAAGUGUCUGUGGCCGAGCCAAAGUCUGCUGAGCGAGAGGCAGCUAAUGGAGAGAAGAGUGGGAAAGCUGACGAUGGAGGAGAGGAGCUUGUGGCAAAAGGAGGGAAACGACCAGGUCUAACCCAUAAGGAGGAGCUCCAAAUUCCCUGUCCUGAAGCUGAGUGUGACCUCAUGUUCUCCUCUGUUGCCCUUCUCCGGGCCCACAAGAAGGAGAAGCACAGGCGGCCACCUCUCAAGACUCACCCCCGCUCUGAGUGUGAAGAGAGCUAUACUCGACCGGAGCAGCUCAAAGACCACAUGGCCAUGGCUCACGGCUACGGCCAACACAACUGCCCCACCUGCGGCAUGACCUUUGGCCGGGAGAGCAACCUAAAGGCACACCAGAAGACCCACACUGAGGGAGAAGAGGCAACAGACAAAGAAAAUAGAUGAUCUGGGGAAAGGGGAAUGUCAUCAUGGACAAUUUAUGUAAUGGUUAAAGGUGCAAUAUGCAGAAAUUGCUUACCAUUUUCUGGUUGCUAAAAUUCGAAUAGUUUGCCUAAUUUUAGUUUGUGACAAAACAAGCAAUGUAUAGCAUAGAUAAUCAUUCUACCAUUUAAACCACUGUGAAAUAUAUUGUCAGCUGUUUGAAACCGCUGUACAAACCCAAAAGUAAAAGCCACAAAAUUAAACUUAAGGGAGUCAUAGAAAUAGCGCACAUAGAACAUAUCUACUGCUUCUUAGACUUGCUUUCGAUGAGUUGCUUGCUUUCUAUAACUCAUAUUUCUAUGUGGAUUUGGUCGGGUUACCUAAAAAGUUACAUGCUGCAGCUUUUAAGGGUUUGGAAAAUAUAAUUUGGUUAAAACAGGCAUUGAUAUGGGUGGGUUUUUUAUGUUCAAGAUGGGAGUUUGGAGUGAGUGACAUACCAUUAUGGAUAAGCACUCGGUUGGAUCAUUAGCUUGUUCCUGGUUGCUCCCACUGAUUAUUUUGAAAUGCUUUUAGAACCCUCUAAUGAUGUGUACAUGAUCGUGAAUUUCAACUGCCAGCCCCCUUCCAGGGUAGGAAUCUAUUUCCAUAUUACCUCAAAUGUGAGCAGAUUUAGUAACUUAUCAUUUUGAUUUUAGUAGGAAAUCAAUGGGUUUUAUGGUUUGCAUUUUAGUCAUUUAGCAGAUACGCUUAUCCAGAGCAACUUACAGGAGCAAUUAGGGUUAAGUUCUUUGGUCAAGGGCACAUCAACAGAUUUGUCAGCUCGGGAUUCGACCUUUCAGUUACUGGCCCAUCGCUCUUAAUCGCUGGGCAACCUACCGCCUUCAACAUUCCACUCAUCAUUUAGUUUACGUUCCUGUCAAGGCAUCUUCUGAUCAUGUAAAUGUGUAUAUAUAUUGGUCCGGAGAAUAUAUGGUUCUGUGAAGGAUGUCGUUGUUGUGAUAUGAUCUUGUACUUUUUUUCAUCCAUAAUUAAAGAGUAAGGAGU